CGUACUAUUUUGACGUUACACCAACAUGUCCACGCCGGUCUGACAGACGCGAGUCGUUGACCGCUGUAAUGGAAAAUUGUCAUUCGUGACCGUUUAACUUACUGUUAACGUAGCACCGCGUUACAAAUAUUGGUGGUUUCGGAGACGUUUUAAUCUGAAGAAUGGCUCGGGUCGUGAAAGUGUUUCGGACUCUGCGGAAUCACUGGAAGAAGUCCACGUUUGCUGUGUGCGUCCUGUCAUACGGGGGCUACUGGCUGUAUGGUAAACACUGUGACAGUCUUCUGCGGAGAGAGGCGUGUCUAGUGGCCAGGGAAUUCGGGCGUCAACAGAUCGCACCGCAGGAGCGGCUGAGGAAAGCGACAGUAAUCUUGAAUCCUGCAGCCUGUAGUGGGAAAGCCAACAACCUGUUUGAAAAGAAUGCAGCUCCUAUUUUACACCUGGCUGGAGUGGAGGUCACAGUCGUAAAGACGGACUAUGAAGGCCAGGCAAAAAAGCUGAUGGAGUUCAUGGAACAGACGGACAUGGUGAUUGUGGCCGGAGGGGACGGCACUUUGCAGGAAGUCGUCACAGGGCUACUGCGAAGGCCAGAUCAGGACUCUUUCAGUAACACGCCGAUUGGAUUCAUUCCACUGGGCUCUCACAAUUCCCUGAGUCCCAGUCUUCACCUCCUUAGUGACAACAAGGUCAAAGACAUCACAUCUGCAACUCUGUCGAUACUGAAGGGAGAAACCGUACCUCUGGAUGUACUUCAAAUCAAAGGGGAGAAAGAGCAGCCGGUCUUUGCUCUGAUGGGACUGCGUUGGGGCGCUUUCAGAGAUGUGGCUGCAACAAUCAGCAAAUAUUGGUACCUCGGGCCACUGAAGACAAAUGCAGCACACUGGUUCAGUACUCUAAGGGAGUGGCCCCUGGUGCGGGAAGUCUCUGUGUCCUGCUUGGCUCCCAGCCUGCGGCCCCCUGACCUGCCCCCAUAUAAUAAGCCCCCCAGGCCAAAUCUGCUCCACCGUAUCAUCCGCAGACUGAAAAACUACUACUCACCACCUGUGGAAGAGCCUCCAAAAGUGGAAGAGCCGGAGAAGUGGGAGGAGAAGCAGCUGUCAACUUUGGAGCUGUUUGUCCAAACGCACAACAAAAACCCUGUGGAGAGGCGCAUCAAUGACUCCCUGAUGAUUUGUGCAGAGCCAGGCAACUUCACCGUGGGGCAGUUCAUCACUGUUGGAAACAAAAAAGAAGAGGACCCAACUGUUUUCACUAAAGACGCCACAAAACUGGAAGCCGGCGCUUGUCGACUGCAGCUGCCAGAGGGCGCCGGUGGCGUCUACAACAUCGACAACGAGGAGUACGAAGCCAUGCCUGUGGAGGUGAUGCUGUUGCCGCGGAAACUGCGCUUUUUCAUGAGUGCAGAGCGACGGGAGCAGCUCCUGUCACAGGCGCAGUGAUGAGAAAACAGAAAACCGGGAAGAAGACGAAAAAAAUGGAGAAAAAACUGACACCAGGAGAAACGAAGCAAAAGAACCAGAUGUCAUGAAAAUCUUGAGUUCAUUUUGAAAAGCAGAUUUCUGCUUUGCCAUCAGUUGUAAACAAUCAGGAAGCAUUGAUAGUUUGAACAGUCUGUUUUACGACAUGUUAACAUAAAAUGUUAUUAUUAUUUGAAACAGUUAUGAAGAGGAUUAUAUUACAGGCUGUCGUAUGUGAAAGGACCAAGGUUUUUGUUUCUUUAAACGUGUAGGUUGUCUCACAAAAGGACUUAAUAUUUACUGAAUCGUUUACUAUGGUCAUCAUCAUAUUUGAACUUGGUCAAUAAAAAUGAUGUCUGUCAAUUUCAA